UUUCAAUAGAGAAUAGCUCUGACGACAUUUUAAAUGUUUCAUCUGUUUCAAAAUAGGAAGUAUAUGUUGAAAAUACCACACCCAGUUUUAAUUUUUUAAGCACUGAUUCCAACGUAACACAAGACAUAACGACUGCACCGUGUAUUAGUUGUGAAAAUCAAUCAUCUGAUCACUUCGUAUCUACGUAUAGUACAAUGCCUCAGCCUAUUCUAGCUUCAACCAUUAUUGAUGCUUUUAACAACUCAGAUGAAAAUAAUGAAUUAAGGCAUUUUACUCAAACUAUUAAAACAGAUUUACCAUCUGACCAUCUGAUUCCAGUCUUGCUUCGCCUUAAAAAUAAUGAAACAAAUUUCGAAACAAAUGAAACUCUGGAAAAAUAUUCUACAAACAAAUUUUACUUGAACGAAACAAGCUUUUUAGUAAACCAUACCGUAAAGCAAAAAAUACAUACGUAUGCAAAUUUUGUCGGAAACCAUUUUCAAGAUACAGUUGAAUUAGAAAACAGUUCUUUAAAAAUGCUGAUAAAUAAAUUUAUGAAGACGACAGAUAGCAAAUUAUUUAACAAUCAUGAUAUUCCAAGAGGCCAGAUUCUUGACAGUACUCAAAAACAAACCUACGCAGAAGAAAAUGCUAUUCCUCUUUACCUAAAGUCCGAGAUUAAUACGUGUUUUCAUAUUGACUGCAAACAAUUACCACCAAUUAAUAUAUUUGAAAAUCGUAUUGUCGACCUUCUCAAUUUCGUCGGAUGUCUAAAUGACGAUGAAUGCAAUUACAGGAUUUCCACAUUCUGUACUUGUAAUGAAAGCUCCUUGGACAAGGGGGAAGAUAAUUCUGUUAACUAUAAAGACAACAGUAUAAUUGGAAAAGUGAUGACUCAGUUUCAUGAUUUAUCAAACAAGUCAUUAGACGUUAAGUAUGGCAAUUAUAGUUUCAACGGAAAACUUAGCAUUGCACUUCUAGAGGCUUCUUGCCAAACUGGAUUUGGGUUCCAAUCAGGAGCCUGUGUGAAGUGUCGUCCUGGGACCUAUUCAUCAAACAACACUGAAUGUGCUGUUUGUCCAAAGGGAACUUACCAAGCAAUUCCAGGAAGCACAGACUGCUUCACAUGUUCCGAAGGUGAAACAACUAAAGCUUAUGGAUCAGUGUCAGAAAAUGAUUGCAUUACUGAAGAAAUAACAGAUUUUGAAAAGGGUGAAACAUAAUUAAAUAAAGACUGUGGAAUAAAAAUGAUGAAUUUUGAAACUUCUAAUUAACGACCUUUGUUGGUUCAAAUUUAUUUAGUUCUAAAUGUAGAUAAUGCUAGAAUUUAUAACU